AUGAGCUCACGAUCAACUCCACGACGAAGAAAAGUCGUCUCGACGUCCCACGCGCUGGACCUUUUAAACAACUUGAGCGCCAAAAACGUCACCCACGAGCCGAAGUCCAGCACUCCUUCUCCAUACCGCCCCCGCUCGUCGCGUCGGCCCAAGAUCGAUGAUGUCCAGGCCCCCCAAAGUGAUGAUAUCUGGGACGUCCCCGAUGAGCCAGAUCAUGACCGAUCCGUCCCGUCCAGACGCGUCCCAUUGUCGGAGCCCUUAACCCCCCGCAGAUCGUCUCGGUUGCAGGAGAAAUAUGGUAGUAAGACCACACCCUCUCGGAAGGCAAAACGUCGCGCGAAUUUGAAGCUUAGUGGAAAAGAUGACCGGGAGGUGGAAUCGGACCGCGAGCCUGAGCGCGAGUCUGGAGGGGGCUCGGAUGAUCGUCCUGACGAAGCGGCGGCGGCGGAGGAAUACACCGGUCCGGUUGACGAAGAUCAAGAGAAUGGUGAAAGUGACGCGAGUUAUGUGGAUGUUGUAGAGGAUCACGGAGACAAUGAGUUUCCCCAACCUGUGCUCGAUUCGCCUCAUAACGUCCCUCAGUCAAACCGACUGAGUCCAUUUGAUAUUCAGAAACGGGUGUCAGUUCUAAGCGCGGAUCUACACAGGGACACAUAUGAGAGUGGUGAUAGAUCGAGAGAUCAAUCGCAUAAUGGGCCUGAAAGUGAAUAUGGAACACCGCACGAUCAGCAACCAGAGCAAGCAGAUGAGCCACACCCUGGUUCUGAUAAUGUUUCCAGUGCACACGAACAACACAGAAGCUCUCCCGCCGUCGUGAUCGUAAAUCCUGCUGUGGGUGUCAGGAGCUCUGUGGACAGGGCAGGAUUGCCAGUCCGUUCGCCAGAGUCUCCUAGGAGGAAUACCCCAUUGGAGGACAUCUCGCAACCUUCGCGUGUGCAAGCAGAAUCAGCGGACUUGGCCGAUGAAGUGGAGCUUUAUGAGGCAGAAGAUGAGAGCGUCGGGGUAGACCACACCAACAUCGCCGUUGAGGACAAGUCUUCCGUUUAUAUUCCAACGGAUGAUGAGGCGGAGGAUGAGAGCGUCGAAGCAGACCACACAAACAUCACCGUCGAGGGCGAAUCUUCUGUUCGUAUUCCAGCAGAUGAUGAGGGCAGCGUGAGAGAUCGCCCCGCACGACCCGAAUUGUUUAGGUACGAAAGCGACCCAGAGGACCUGUCUACGCCGCCAAGCAAGAGACGUCAAACCUCGAAUCAACAGCCAGUCUCAGAACAUCAAAGACGGAAUCGUGAAAGAAGCCUUGCGACGUCUCGAGCUGUCAACUCCUUGAACUCUCACGAAGACCAAACCGAGUCUCUACAACCCCGUCACAGCCCAAACGACAUCGAGCAACAUGUUGAGGAUAUUUCCGAGGAUGAUGCUGGGGAUGAAUCCGACGAGGAGGAGGCAUGGUUGCACCAGGCCCUUAAAAUGGCUGGCCAGAAGAACAACUGGGACACCCUGGUGGUUCAAGCUCACCGCGUCAAAAAGACUGCUAACCCUUCUAUGGCCGAAUACUUUGAUGAUUUCGUGGAUCUAACUUCUACGUUGCGAGCGAAAUAUGUGAAGAUUGUAGGUAACCUAGACGCCCGACGUGAGCCUCGCGGCGCGAUAGUGCGCGAAUGCGAUGAGCUCCUUAGCGCAAUUUACAGUGAUGGGACCUCCUCGGUGGACUAUAUCGUCGAACAUAAAAACGACAAACCAGAACGAGGCCGACCGAGCAGUGAAGAGACGCUGGACGAAUUUGAAGCGUGUCUCGUAUCGGGAAUGAUGGGUGUGUUGCUCGCCUGUUUCGAAGCCUACUGCAAGGAAGACGGGCUCUUCCCCAAAGCCUCCGAACACCUGCACCGGGUGCUGGAAGUGUUUCUACAACUAUGCUACAAGAUAUAUUGUGUAGUAGAUACGGGUUACAUAGACUCCGAAAACCAGAGCCGUAGCCUUCAGCUCCCGCUCAAAAAACUCAUCACCGCGUUAAAGAAGGACUUAUUUAAGGGCAGUGCACCACAACCGGAACCUGUGCCAACCAUGUCCAUCAAGCAUGGCAGACCAUGGACCGAUGACGAGGGGUAUGCCCUUAUAGAUGGAUUGCAGCGUUACCAGGGUCAGGAUCGCUAUGCUCGAAUUUUGAAACAUUUCGGGGAACGGCUCCGCGGGCGGACGAUCCGGGGUACGCGCGAAAAAGCGAGGCAGUUGCAUGAUAAGCUUCUCUCAACCGUAGUCGAUCCGGACGUACUCCAGACGGAAGAAGGACGGCAGCAGUGGUACUGGCUUUUGAGUGUGCGGAAGGAGUGA